UAGAGCAGCAUAGCCUACUCAGCCAGCAAAACAUGUUUUGCUGGCUAUCAAUGACUUCAACAUUUUUUAAAAUUUGUACCACUCUCUUCACAGUUGUGACAACGCACAAAAAGAAACACAUUUGCUCCAAUCAUCAUCUUUUGUAAUGUGUUUCAAUAACAAUUGCACCACUUUCCACUAUAGAGUGACCCCCUGCAAAUCGGGUCUAUGAAUUGACAAGUCUGGUAUGGCUUUACGACUUUUGGGCGUGUGUGUGCAUGCGUGCAUGCUUGUUUUGGGUCUAUGAAUUGACCAGCAUAUUGUGUGUGUGUGUGUGUGUGUGUGUGUGUGUGUGUGUGUGUGUGUGUGUGUGUGUGUGUGUGUGUGUGUGCGUGUGUGUGCGUGUGUUUUCAUGCAUGUGUGCAUACCCACUGUGCGUUAAGCGGGAAACAAAGAUGGCCGUGUGCAGUAGAAGUAUUAAAAGUAAAUAUGAAUGUCACAGGUGCAGCAAUGCCAAGCAGGGUCCCCGUGCUGACUACAAUGCCUACAAGCACUUCUUCACCACUGACACAACUGCGCUUUUCCUAGCGGCUGCUGUGGAUCUCUUUGGGUUAAAAGAUGUUGACGAAAUACCAGAUUCGUUUGUACCAGAGGAAAUACAAUCUGCUGCACCUGAGUUAAGGAGAGCCUGGUUACAUGAAAGAACAUCUGAGGUGGUGGACAAGUGCAUCAUGCUUGGGGAUGUGCCACAGGCUGUUGCUGGUGUCACUGAAUCCCCCCUGAGCUCUACUCAUAAGAAACAUUAUCCCUGUAGAGCUCACGGUUGUCAACAAAGUUACACCUAUCUCAAAUCCCGAGACAACCAUGAGCUUAAAAAGCAUCACAUACAGAUGUCUUUGACAGAACUGCAUGAACACACACCAUCUUCCAACCGUGAUCACAAACAAGAACACACCUUGGCGCGGCUUAGCUUUGGGUUCUUUCUCAUGGACAUGUUGGAUGCUGUUAAAGAGGGUGAUGGGGAGAGACUAAUGAGGUUGUACAGGGUAGCCCUACUGUAUUACAAAGCAUACGGUCACAGCCAUUAUGCCUACAGUACCUUUCUACUGACGCUGCAGGUAAACGCAUCUCUGACACCCCAGAUGGCACACAGGGUAACCUGGAACAGGUUUUGGAGCACCCGGGGUGGGAAGGGUUGCAACAUACCCCUUGAUCUUCAUCUGGAACACCUGAAUAACUUCCUCAAGUCUUUCCUGAAGGGUCUGGGUCCAAAUUUGUCUGAAGAAGCAGCACGUCGGGUCAGUCAGUGCAUUGGUGUUUUUAGAGGAAUGAUGAACAAAGUAGAUGAAGAGUUGGGUGUCAAAAGUCCAACUGGCACCCAUCGUGCUGCACAGCAAGAAACUGAUGUUUUAACACUGGUAGAGGUUUUCAAGGAGGAGCAGUUGUUUAAAGUUAUUCAUGGUAGAUUGUUUCAGGCCUUCCCAGGCUUUGAUCAAAAUCUUCUGCGGAUUAAACAUAAAGAUCUCUGGCAGUGGAUGAACGGAAAACUGAAGGAAUGGAGAAAUCGGAAAAUAUGAAGGGAACACUUUGAAACACUAUAAGGUCUGUAGACACACUGUAAAUGCUUUGUCUGUGUGUGUGCGUGUGUAGUGUAUGUAUGUAUAUUUUUUUUUUUUACUAUUUCAUUACCUGUCCCGUGACUUACUUAAGCAAAUGUUUUUGUCAGCAUUUUGUUACUAGUGUUGAAUUAAACACAAAGAAAAUAAAUGACUUUGAGAUUUAUUUACAUGUAGCCAUCUGAAAAGACACACA